AAAAAAAGAAAAACAAACGGUGCAAAAAGUUCAGCUAAAGUACAACUGAAAGGAACAAACCUUGCAUAUCCAUUAUUAGUCAGCAUCCAUCGGAGUGCCGAUCUUCGAUAUUAUUCGUUCGUGAUUCAAGAAGCAACAGGAAGCAACUGAACGGCUCCAUUCAAAAAUCAUUUUGCGCAAAACUGUGUUUUUACGUUGAAUCAUCUGCGCGGCGCGAAAAUUAAUGCAGGAGGAAACUAAUUAAUCUUAAUCCUGCAUACCGAGGUCAUAUUCUUCCUGGAGUCAGAAGAAAGUAUUCUCAGAUAGUGCCUGCGUAAUACUUCCUUGUUGAUUUCUUCUUCUGGAAAAAUGGAGGAUUCAACAACAGCACGCCUGAAAAGGCUAGUAGCAAACAGUAAUGAAGUUCUGGAAUUAAGAUUGAUCCGCGAUCUCGACGAUUUGCACUCAAAGGAGGCUGUCUUCAAACCGGAGAUGACUUAUCAAGUGUUCGGAGAUAGGGAAAUAAUAUUUGGUUAUUUGGAUUUGUCAGUGCAACUAUUCUAUUCAGCAGGUUGUUUGGAAACAUAUUUGGGAAUGACGUAUACUGAAAAAAUAAAUCCAAAGUAUGAAGGAGUUCAAGCUGAUCCAGUUUUAACACAGAUCGCUCCAAAACUUGCUCCCGAUGUUCAUUACAGCUUAACCAAUUUUACUAAUGCACUCGCCAAAGAUGAAACGUUUACACCAUAUGGAGAAUUGAUACACUCUUUUUCAAUAAAUGAUGAAGGCACAAUGAGGCAAUUUGUGAUCUACAAGGCAGAUAUGAGUUAUAAAGGAUUUAGAGAAUAUCAUCAAAGGAUUCAAACAUUCCUUCUUUGGUAUAUAGAUGCAGCUCUUUUCAUCGAUCUCGACGACGAACAAUGGCAGUAUUUUAAUUUAUUUGAAAAGUAUACUACAUCAGUGGGUGCUACUCGGUAUGCAACGAUUGGUUUUGCUACUGUGUACCGAUACUAUGCAUACCCGCAACACAUUCGACCACGCAUCGCUCAAUUUUUAAUCUUGCCGCCAUUCCGAAGGAUAGGUCUCGGCAAACAUUUGUUGCAAGCGAUUUAUCGCGAAUACAUUGGAAGGCGUGAAGUUAAGGAUAUAACAGUUGAAAGUCCGUCCGAGGUGUUCCAACGAUUACGAAACUACGUAGACGCCUUAAAUUGCAGUUCAUUACCUAGUUUUGCACCACAGCGUUUACAACAAGGUUUUGACAAUGAAAUGAUCACUGAGGCUAGGAACAAAUUAAAAAUAAAUAAGAAACAAGCUCGCAUAGUGUAUGAAAUCUUACGAUUGCAGGCGACGAAUGUCGCGAAUGUGGACGAAUAUCGGGCGUAUAGAAUAGACGUGAAGAAAAGACUGAAUAUACCGUUUAAAAGAAAACAGAACGAAGAACUGAAAAUAGAACGCGCGUUGAAGAACUCUGCGGAAAAAAGCACAUAUACGAAUGGUAAUGGUCUGCCAUCCGACGAGCAACGCAAAGAGAUAUUGGAAAAGGAGUAUCGGCUCUUGGAAGAGGAAUAUAAGAUAGUCAUUAAGCGAUUGGAGAAUGCUUCCGAAUUGUAAAAUGUUGUACAAUUUGAAUUCGCAUCAAUUGAGAAAUUUUUAAGCUGUAAAAAUAUAUCAAUAAUUUUCAACGUUUUA